GUCACUAAAUAAUAUGUGAAAAAGAAAAAGGUGAUAGUCUUUAUUCGUCUCUUAUUUUUCAGUAGCCUGCCAAAUUAUGUUAGCAUAACAGCCUAAGUAGUAAACUGAACGUGACGUCACUCGCGAGACGAGCUCCUAGUAGCAUGGCGGCCACAGAGAGACAGUGGUCUAUCAGGGAAGACGGAUGUUUAAUCAUUAACAAAAACUUACAAGGUGUUACCUAUCAUUCGUCUCUUAACGCCAUUAUUCUUUCAUCGAAGGACCAGACUAUCACAGUUCUGGAUGCGACUUCUGGAAUAGUCUUACAGAAAUCUGACCUUUCUGGAAAAAAGUGCGAGACAUUGCGUUGCAUAUAUCUGCCAGAAAAAGAUAAGUGCAUAUUCAGUGAUACCCAUUCUGUAUCAGUACGUCGGGAUAUACGUGGAAUUCUUUUGCUGGACACUGCUUUACAGAUUCCUGUGAAACGACCUGACGAAGUCAUCAGAUUGGAAAUACCUCUGGCUGAGGCAGUACAGCUAUUUGAUGCUUUAGUCAACGUUGAACUUGCUGGCAUUGAACAUGUGGAAGACGUUGUCAAGGAGCUUGAUCGUAGCAUUGAACUUGCCCGGAAAGCAACAGAGGGAAGUCACAAAACAGCAAAGUGGGCAACUGUAUGCAUCCAGCUUCAGCAUGGUGCACUGAAGUCAGUGUGUUCUGCCCUUGUGGCAGAGAUAAAACGAACAUCUCAGCAGGGGCAGGGACUGCCAGUGGCAGCUGCCAUUUCUGACCGUCUGUCUCAUCUUCUGCCAGCAUUGAAUGACAAUGGUGCAGGCCCUGUGGACCGGUCACUGAUGUAUAGUGAAGCAGCACGCAGACACACCUUCUCCAAAUGGCCCCACAUGGGAUACAAAUGGGCAUUACCAGAGCCAAUGGCUCAGGCGGGAUUCUAUCACCAACCCAACUCACCCGGAGAUGACCGUGCUAUGUGCUUCACUUGCAAUGUGUGUUUGGUGUGUUGGGAGCCUACUGAUGAACCAUGGUCUGAACAUGAACGUCAUUCUCCUCAGUGUCCUUACAUCAAGGGAGACUUCACACAGAAUGUUCCUUUAGCAGUAACAUAUGCAACACAGCCAGCCCAGUUGCAUGGGGAGGGACAAAAGAUUGCUUGCAUAAGCUCCACAUGCAAUGAAGAUUUUAUAGCAACAUCAACACGAGAUGGAAGCAUAGUAGUGUGGAACAUCAGUCACAUGCUGCAGAAAGAGUGUGUGUUCAACCUUGACCUAUCGGAUGCAACAGUGGCCUUGAAAACGGGACUUCAGAUUGAGAGAGUAGGAUGGACAGCUGAUGUAGACACUAGGGGUCAGGGAAGCAAAGUUGAAAGUGAAGUGACAGAAACACAGAAAAGAAGUCUUGAAUCCACAGAAAAGGAAGACGAAUGUAUACAAGAGAUCAACUUGCAUAAAAAUGCAGAUGAUUACAUUGAAGGGAAAAAUCGACCCUCAGAUGACUUGGUAGUGUCCUCGUUAUGCAUAAUUGACUGGUCCAGUUGCAAGAAUAGUGAGCAUCUUGCUUCCUUGGCUUGCCCACCAGUAAAAGGGGCUUGUGCAGUGGAAACAGUGGAGCCCUCUCUGGUGUGUGGAGCAUCUCUGCUCAGGACCAAAGUUACGUAUAAGAAUGAUUCUGAGUGCUGGCCUUCCUCCCAACUAGGAUCUUCUCUGGAUGGUCAUCAAGAAGUUGUGCAGUUAAUGAACCAGGUGAAUCAAGGGAUCUGGAAUGGAGACUUACACAUCAUCCCGGAGCCUGCAUCAGGAAGUGCAGGAGAAGACUUUGUGUGGCCAGAAUCAGUUUUUGUCCCUCACCUACUAGUGGUCAGUUUUCGAGCAGAGUCUUCCAGUGGGGUUCAUGUACAUGCCAAAAGCAAAGAACCUGGAACUGAUGGCCACAGUGUGAGCGGAGGUGGUAUUGUUGGAGACACUGGCAGUGGUAGCAAGCCAACAAGUACUCUGGGUGAGGGUAGCAAAGUGGUUCCUGUGAGCACCCUAAUACCUGUGAAAGAGAGCCCAUGGUCCAUCUUGCUUGAGAAUGAUCCGUGGCUUGACCCAGAUGUCCAGAUUGUUGGAUUUACCCCAGGUCACAGCCAACCUUCCCAGCUAAAAGAUGGUCCAUUAUCUGGAAUUUCCAAACCUGUUCCGAUUCUGCAGAAUGGCCCCAGUGAUCUCUCAGGACCCUUUCACACAUUUUCAGCAUUUGGAUCAGAAGGUUCUAGUCCACUGUCACCUGGCAUGCACAUGCAUCCAGACAUUCUGUCGGAUGUGUGGCACAAAGAAAGUGAUAGUGAAGAAAAGAAUGGAGAUGUGCUGCGGUGUCCAGGUUCAGUGUUGCAGUGUGUUCCACUGCCUGAAGAGUUUUGCAGUGAGAUGCUUGAAAUUAAAACGAUUCAGCCAACUGUGGAUAGGCACUAUGUUAUUGUGGUUGUAGCCCCCAAAGAUGAGUAUAUCUGUUGUAAUGAAACUCCUUGUGUUGAUCUUGGAUGUUCUUCAGAGGAUUCAGGGCAGGUACAAGGUACGGACACUGGUAGUUUAUUUCACAGACAGGACAGUUCCAAAGCAUCAGCACCUAUUAACAUUUCAGGAGGGAGUCAGGCAGCAUCAGAGGUCAGUGCUAGUAGUCAGAGAAACACUAGCAGGAACUUGGUGCUGGGUGGUGUGAUGGUGUACAAGGUCAAAACGGUUAAUGGUUACACAGUACUUGAAGACAAUCCAUGUAUGGUGCAUAAAAUUUGGCAGCCAGAAAAUGUGGUGCAUGAAAUAUUUGUUCUUCCACCAGAAGUGGCGGAGCAGAUUGAUGAGGAAGAAACCAUUGCUCAUCUGGGCAUGACAUCUGGUCACCGUGACUUUCAAGGUGGCAGCACCAAUGGCUUGGGUGCCAUGGGGCAGGUGGCAAUAAUCACGCAAGAAGGCGCUUUGAAGAUUCUUAAUCUUGCGGAUGCCCGUAUUAUUGCUGACCUCUGUCCAGAUGACGGAGAGAAAUUUAUCUCAGCAGCCUAUUGUACAGGAAUUGAGCAUCUGUGUGUGUGCACAUCAAGUGGAAAGCUGAAAUUUUACCAGGUUAGCCAGCAACAGACAGCUGAGUCUGGUGUGAUGCACGUGCAGGAAGAUAAGACUCCACGGGUGUUACCCUCAGCCAUGGAUGGUGUGGAUGGUAAAAAGGUGACUGUAGAGGAAGAUGGCUUUGAUGUCAGCCCAGGGAAACCUUCACAAGGAAGCUGUUGUUUGGCUGAUGGCCCUUUGGUACCAGAGAAUCUUCUGGCACUUCAUAGCCUGACGCAGUUUGAAAAUCUGAUGCCACGUUUCACAGCAACUGUUCCACCAUGUUGGUCUGAGAUUCAGCAAGAGCAACAGCAGCGUCGCCAUCCUCAGCAUCUUCAACAACAAGGGGAAGCCACUCAGCAUACACGCAGCUGGAAACUUGCUCAGAAUGGGACAACAUGGGAUGAGCACCUGUUUGAGAUUGUUUUGCCUCGACCUUGUUGCAUUGGCCAUGUUGAUGUCAAAUUUACUCUACACCCAAUGUGCACUACAGCUCCCAACAUUGAGGUGACGCUGUUAAAACAAAAUAUCGGUAAUGUGGGACGUCAGAUUCAUCUUUCAUCCCAUCCAAAAUCCAAAGACAGGCUUCCUAGGCCUUCGGGAAGUUCUACUGAAAAAGAUAAUAUAAAUUAUGUUCUGGAUCCAGCUUUUCUGGAAAAGAACAAUGCAGAAAUUCUCUGUGGCCCCAUUAAGCUGAGCAGCUGCCUUGACUUGUCAGGAGGAGGGGGUUUAGCCUCUCUGUCCAGUCCUAGUCUGCUUAACUGUAAGCCAAGAUCCCUGUUACUUCACAUCAAAGGUUUUAAAAAUGAGACCAGUGACAACAGUGAUGCAAGUGACAAAGCCUCAUCGCCUUCUUCUGAAGAAAAGGCAGACAAGGCACCAGAGGUAAAGAAGAAAGGGAUUUCCUACAUGGAGUACAAAGGCAUCAAGUGUCUGUUCGAGAAUGUCCAAAGUUCAGGUGCAUCAGCUGUUGAAAGACUGUCUGCUUCAGCUCCAAAGCAAAAGCUGACUGACAUUAAAGGAUGUGAUUGGUUGGCUGAGAUUUCAUUAACAGUUCGUAAAUUUAAAAGAACUUCUGUAUUACGAGAAAGGCAGCAGCGAAAUGCUAUGUUGGAAUCCCCAAGUUUUCAUGAUAAACUUUUGCGAGCUGUGACAUGCCCUCCUUCAGAAUUGCAAGGAAUGAAUGCUGAACACUAUCAAAACCUAGCUUUGGAUAUACUUCUUUGGAUUGGUUCUCUGCAAAUGAAUGAUCCUUUGCAUCAGAGUGGCAGCAAAUGUCUGGUUGUGACUUUGGAGCCUUUUUUGAGAGACCUUGUCAAAGCAUGCUUUGUAAAUGCCACUCGUACAACAUCACACAAGUGUGCACGCCUGCUAGCUCAAAGCAUUGAGUAUGCCAAAUUAUCUGAAGAUCAGGAUUUGGCACCCAGCUUCAGUCUUUACCUGCUUCAAGCCCUUGUCAGCUGUCUGCCUCUCCUGGUCUUCUGUAGUUCAGCAGGUGCCAUGCGGUGGUUCUUUGCCAUCCUGAACCACGUCAAAUGUAUGGACACUUCACUAGUUGCACGCAGUGUCAUGGACCUACUCAAUAGUGUAUCUGCUCAGUAUCAACAGAACAUGUCGCCUCUUCAUGCACUGCUUAAAACAAGGUAUGGAUUAUAUGGCCAUCCAUUUGAUGUUGAAAUGUUUGAUGUGGAACUUCCGCACAACCUACGCCAGGGUCCUAUUCCACCCUCUUCCUAUGCUGCUGCCGCUGCCAAAGGUGCCUGUACAUUUCAUGGUCCAUCUGCUGCCACCAGCGGGGCCCCUACUGUAUCCAGUGCCAGCGCAUCUGCUUCUGGAUGUCAGAAGGAGGAACCUGAUUUGUAUGAAAUGCUGAGCAUCCCUCAUGAGAAGACAGGGCGUUCUCAGGCAGAGUAUAUGCGACACCAUGUCCUUGGCUUGUUAGAGGUUGAGCCACUUCCCUUCACAUGCCAUGCAACCUCUGAUGGCACACGUGUUGAACGAAUGGAUGCUGCCUCUGCUGCAACCACAACCACCGCUACAGGAUCAAACAUCACGGCUCCAUCUGUGCCUCUCUCUAUGGGGCCUGUGAACUUGGACGAGCCACCGCCCUCAGGGGGGCUGCUUGUAGGAGGGCCAUUUGUUAGUGGAGCGGUUGGAACUUCCACAGGAUCCAUGUCGAGUCUAGCUGUGGCAGACUCACUCAAAAAGGCACUGCAGACAUAUGCAGCCAUUAAUUCCAAGCAGAUGCACCCCAGCAAGCUGCACCAGCUUCUGAGCUGGUCUGGGGGUGCGCCAAAGACCACCCCAAACUUCCUCACUCCCUCUGUAACCCCACCUAGUGAAGCAUGGCAGCCACCUGUUUUACCUUCAUUUUUAAAGACACCAGUCAUCACCACCACCCCUCCUCCACCACCACCCUUACCACAGCAGCCAGAGAAGUCGCUUCAGACACCAACAGGAGGAGAUGGACAGCCAGACAUCUUGAAACUACAGGCGACAUUCUCUGGUCUUUCUCAGGCACCACAACAGCAGCAGGCAGCCCAAAAGCCCAACCCUUAUCCUCAGACUCACACAUUGCUUCAAUCCCCACCUGACCAGGUGCUGGUCAUAGAGAGGAUGCAUUCUGGUGCAAGGCGCUUUGUGACACUAGACUUUGGCAAAGUUGUUGUCUUGACUGAUGUGGUCAUUCCCGCUUGUGGUGACCUUGCCUCCUUGUCCAUUGAUGUGUGGGUCCAAGGGGAAGAAGUGGAUGGCCAGAGGCUUGUUGUGGCAUCUGAUAUUGGAACACGAACACUUGUGAUGAAUAACAUCAUGCCUGCUCCUAUCUGUCGAUAUCUCAAGAUCACAACAGUGGGAAGAUACGGAGCUGGAACAACACGUUCGCGCAUUCCUCUUGGAGCUUUCUACGGUCACAGCUACAUCCUUCCUUGGGAGUGGCGAGAAUAUGUGGACUCUCAUAGUUUCUCCCCGGUGGCUUCCAUCAACUCUGCUCCUUCACCCCUAUCUUCUCCACCACACUCCUCCCGGGGUUCAGGGGUUGCUUCGCCUGUCAAACAGCUGGAGGCAGCUAGCCAGUCUUCGUUGGUGCAGCAUCUUGGGGUGUUCCUGUCUCUCCAGGAAGACUUGCACUGCCUUUACAGCCUGGCCUGCAGUCGCUUGUCUGGACUUUUAUCAUCCGUCUCAGAUGCCCAGUUUGUUAGCUCUCACGUGAAGUACUACCUCAAACGUGGACAGCAACCUUUGGAGGAAGAUGCCUCCAUUCUGAAAUCCUACAAUGAGUGCCUACAGUUGCAGCUUCAGCUCAAUUUAGCCCAGCGAGCCAUAACCCGCUUACAGAGGGCCUUGGGUGUCAAGGUGGGUGGAUAUGAUGAGACUACAUCAGUGACCACUCAGUUACAGCAGACAUCAACAGACAAACUGCGCGUCAUGCUGGAAGGUCUGCUGGACACGCUGUUGGGUCUCACAGUUCCAUGUCCAGCUGUGCCGCAACCUCCUGCUGCUCUCUAUAUGGCCCUUCCACCAUCCACUGCUGAGGCCCUCUUCCGAAAUAUUUGUCUUCUGGGAUCUCGUCACACGCAGGUAAAGACAGGGCUGUUGCUGUCUCGGGUCUGCGGUAGCCAAUCCUGGUGGGGAACCUUCCUUGGCAACAUUUUGCAGGAGUUUUUCCACUCUGAGUAUUCCCAGGUCUUUCCUCAGGACAGGGUAUUUGUGCUGGUCAGUGCACUUGGACAGAAAGCAUUGGCUGGGCCAAGUGCUGUCCACAUCAUGGACAGCUUGCUAGCAAUGCUGACCAGUGUUCUUCAGCCACUGGUGGCCUCUCGUGACACAUCAUCCCGUGCUGGCAGCCUUGAUCUUGGUCUUGUUAGCUGGAUCCUGCUAUUCUUGUGUCGAAACUUUGAGGCUGCUUUGAGUCCUGCAAUAACUGACGAGUCAGAAAAGGGAGGCAAGCGGGAAAAAGAGGGAAGUGGUGGGCGGUGGAGCUUUAUCCAGGGCUCAUGGAAGAGUCUCUGUCCCAGCAGUGGCAAGAGCAAGUCACGCAGGCUGUACAGUCGCUCCAUGCAGAAACGUAUCUUACACCACAAACAGAAACUGGAAGAUAUUGAAGCUGCCAAAACUCUGAUGGAUGUGGCAAAGGAUAAGGUGUCACAGACAAAGGCCAGCAGCAAAGAGGGCAAAGCAUUCCUAAAAGAGCAGGAGGCACUAAUAAAAAAGGAGCUUGCUCAGUUCCGCAGCAAGCAUUUCAAGGAUAUGAUCUACAUGAGACGAAAUGAUUUGGAGAUUCUGAGACGCCUGCCUAAGGAAGAUGGCGCUGGAAGUGGGGCAAAAGAACUGGAAGACAGCAGUGACUCUUUACUGGUGCUAUCACGAGAUCGUUGUCUGAUGGUGGUGAGGGGUCUGAUGGCACUGCUGCUAAGCAUGGACUUCUCCUGCCAUGUUGACCUUUUUCUGGUGGCUUGUAAGGUACUGGCAAGAAUUUGCGUGGCCACUCGACCAGCAUUGCGACUGGGUGAGGUGAUGUCACAAGACCAGCUUGAGUGGCUGGUUCUUCUGGCAGUUCAUCAUGAUGCAACUUACGGCCCCACUCUUUGGGGAGGACCUUGGGCUUCGCAUGCCAUCACCUGUCUGCUGCAAGACCUUUUGGAGGGAGAGAAAAUGUACCCCAGGCAUUUAGCCUCUUCAGAGGAGGAUCUUUUGAGGUCAGAAGCAGAUGAUGAAGAACAGCUAACUCCCAGUGCUACAUCUCUUAACCUAGAUGAAGUCACAGAUGAUGAUAGUGACAACUUGACUGAUGGGGCAGUUGAAAGCGGGAUAGAUCCAUCCUUAGACAAGGACACCACUCUUAUGAUGGAUUUGCUGAUGGAAGAAGCAGAACUAGAAGGCGACAGCCUUGAUGCUCUCUUUAUGGUGGAGCCACCACAGACAUCGUCAAAGAUGUUCCCAGGUCUGCAUCCAGCCUUUUCUCCAUUUUCUCCCAAGUCCUUCUCCUUCUCGAAGAAGAGUAAGCCAUUCCCAGUCUCCCAGCAGAAUGGACAGAUGGAGUUUGGAGAUGGACAGAUGGAGUCCUCCAUGACCACAACAAUGUCCGAUGACGCUGGGCAAUCUUCAGACAAGAAAAUUGGCAGACUGCGCCUUUUGAAGACAAGGUUGAAUAAUUUAAUAAGCACAAAAUCUGGCACAAACAGCCAUGGUCUAUCUGUUGCACAAGAUGCACGUCUGGAAUUUGGUUUGCAGUGGUUACCUGAACUACGUCUGAGAGUCAUGUUGUCAGUCCACAUGGAAAGUAUUUUAGGAGCCUUCACGUUUCCCAUCCCACCUCCUUCACAGCUUCCGCACAUCUUGGGUGAACCACCAUCAACAGCUGGCUUUGCAUCUACUGAUGAUGAGCUGUCGCAGGCAACUCUUCCAGGUUAUGAUAUUUUGACAUCAGCAGCCAUGCUGAGCCAGUGCUUUGACCACCUCUUCGCACAGUUAUUGCAUGGACGAGUCAGUCUAGACACAGUCUUGCAGCUGUGGCUCACUCUCAACCAAAACAGCUCCUCCCCUGUUUCUCAAGAUGAUCACACCUCCAUGACCUUUAACUCCACCUGUAUACCUUCUGUACCUCUUGGACCUCAGGCUGUCAAACAUCUGAUGGAAGCUGUUGUUGCAGCUCCUGUAGUUUCGGUGCGAUCCUGGGUAUUUGUUCUGCACACCAUGUGCUUGCUCAUCAACCAACGAGCUGAUGCUGUGUCAGUGCUGGAAGAAGGAGCUGCUGGUGGUAUGAUGGGUCAAGACUUGCCGCUGCUGGAUGGGGGCCUUAACUCAACAAUGGCAUCUGUUGUACUAACAGAUCCCAACCUGGUACCCUUGAUCAUCAAGUUUCUGUCAGGGGCAUCAAUCAACUCUUCUGCCAGCAGUAGCCUUUACCAAGCAGGGCCUACAGCCACAAAAGCUUUUGAUGACUUUCUUCGCCGCCUUCUCUGCAAGUCUGUGAACCUCAGUGGCCAGAACCUAAAGGAACUCCUCUUGAAAAUAGUCUUUCAGCUUACUACAGAGAGAGGAGCAGUUGCUACGUGUACAGGACCUCUAGAUGCUCAGUGCAAGUUUGUGGAAACUGUAGCAAGCCUAACAUUUGAUUCUGUGGAUCUGAAUAAUGCCAUCUCAGUUGUGGCGGCCAUCUCAGCUUUGGUACAUCAGCACAUCCUUUGCCAGGACCCUGUGUUGUGCUCAAGCUCACAUGACUCCUCCAUUAGUGCUCGGUCCUGCUUCAGCGGUCUCUUCGCUUCGCUUUUGCGUGGUGGUGAGUCUCGAGGUGCUGGAGGGGAGGCAAGCAGAGACCAGUUAAUGUGUUCUCUGCUACGACUCAUUAACAAGCUGGUGCAGGUGAUGUUACCUGGUUCCCAGCCACGAGGUGCACCAGGCACUUUGAGCUCUGGAGGCAUGGAAAAUGUCAGACUGUCAGAGGCAAUGUCAGAUGCAGCUAAACUCAACCGGGCGUUCUCCUCACCCAUGUCCUCGAAUGCAGUGCCUAUGGCCUCAUCAACAAUGUCUGAUGAUGAGAAGAGGCAGCAGACAAGCAGCAACAGUGGGGUAGUGAGAGAUGGAGGAGUGGGAGUUGACACAGCCAGCAGCGAGAGAAGGCAGAUAACUGAGCGCUAUGUUGCAGACCUCAUCCUGGCCAACCAUUUGGUCAUGCAGAAUCUUGUCCAAGCCCUCAGCUACUGCAGCAGCAACAAGAUGGCACUCAUCCUUGGCUCAGCGCCGUCUGCUCCCUCCUCAGGCCUGGGAGCCACCAGUGACAGCUUCAACAUGGGGGAUCCCCUCUCAGUGGGGGAUGGCAUAUACCAGAUCCUGUGCACACUGAACGGUCGAGCCACAAACUCUAAUUCAAUGAUCAACAGCUUGUUCCACUAUCUGUCAGCCAACUACACUCAGAUGAAUCCCAGUUCUUUGUGUCGCCUGUCAGAACCUUUACUAAAGUUUCUUUUGCGAGUCUUAGACAGUGCUGCAGCUGUCCGACACUUUGUUCACCUGGGUGGUAUUCAGGUCGUAUGUAAUAGCCUGGUGCGUUCCAGUCAGCAAUUUGUGUCUGUGGGGCCUGGUAUUAUCUCGACAAUAAUGCAGAACAUGAGCAGUCUUGGAGCUACCCUUGCUGAUGAGAAGGCUAAGGCUGCAGAUUCUGAGAAUGUGGAAGGGCUUUUCAACUUUGCUCCUUUAGGUACAAUAGUGGCAACCAGUCCAACUGCCAGCCCUCCUGAUGCCCUCAUCCAGACCUCAGCACCGCAUCGAAGAGCACGCACAGCAGCAUGGAGCUACCAUUUCUACCCAGAUGAACCAUGGGUGGAGCUAGUAGUUACACUUCCAUUUGCUGUGCUACUGAGGCAGGUUGACAUCAGACCCCAUAGUGGUGCUCUUACCACAUGUCCAUCGUUUGUGUCCCUUGAAAUCAGCCAUGAUGGGCGGACUGUGAUUCCUACCUCUCCACCCUUGGUGACCUGCAGUCUGGCAAUCAUCAAACUGCAGCUGCUGCGGCCUGAAGUGGUCAGUUCUGUCACGUUGCGCUUGCACCGUCCCCGGGAUUCCAUGACCAUUGGUCUGCAGCAGGUCUGUCUGCGUGGCCAGCGAGCCUUUGGAGAGGUUGGAGAGGGGCCUAGUGCUUUGUUACCUUCAGAAGACACCAUGUCGACAUGCAGUAUGGGCUGGCUUCGCCUGCUGUAUCACUGCCUGAUGUCUCAUCCAGAAGUGGCAGCUGAGGUGGCUCAUGCUGCUACCCCUACCUGUAAUCUCCUUAACACCUGCACUUCCCUCCUCAUUUCGCCCACCGCAGCCUUGUAUGCAGCCAAGAUUGAAUCAGUUCUUUUGAAGCUGGGGCUGAGUUCUGUGGAGAUUGGUCUGGCUCUCAUCAAUAAUAUCCUUAGGAAUCAAGCCCAGUGUACAGGCCGAGGAGGUGGUCACAUCUACCUUGGUCGCGUGAGUGGAGUUUCCAGUCCUUACACAAUGGAAAUCUUGUACCAGCUGGGAAUAACACAAGACCUUGGAACAAAGAACAGGGUUCAAGCCUUGCUUCAGUGGUUGGCUGAUAGUGCCCAGGCCUUCAUCUGCCGCCAGAUGAAAGAUGAGCGCAUGGCUGAUUCCAACUCACCCAUACCAAGCCCCGCUCCAGAGCAUGUGCAUUGCGUGGCAGCAGUGCUGUGGUAUAGUCGUGACCUUCCUGUGGAAUACAAUCUACAAGAACUUGUGACAGAAAACUUUGUGCAAUUCCUGUACACCUGGUCAAGCAUGCUUCCUGUGGACUCGGUGCUGAAGAAGUCCAUCAACAGUGUGCUGUGCGCAUCGUGCUACAUCCACCCUCCCUACUUCAGGCUGCUCCUACGCCUGACUGGCUUUGUCAUCCCAGAGGGAGUCUCCACAGCUGUCACCGAUGACAGCAAAGACAGUGCCACCAGGCAGCAUCAGCAGCAAGGCAUAGGGGGCGGGUCCAUGACUGAUGACUCAAAAGAAGCUCGCUUGCAACCUCAAAACUCACAACCAAGUCAUUGUGGGUUGGAUGCUGGUACCAUGACAGAUGAUUCUAAAGAAGCCACGCUUCUCAAUCACACACAAUGGGGUUUGAGAAACACCAUGCUAGACUGCAAUCACUUGGCUACCAUUGCAGUAGUCAGCCGUUCACCUGCUGCUGUAUCUCAGCUUUUGCACUCUGGGUUGCCUGCAAUACUGACCCAGGGGUUGGCUGAAUUCUGUAGUCACCAGAUAGCGCUAAUUGCGGAACAAAACCUGGCUAGCGAUGCCAGACGACAACGGCAGGAAACCACAGAUAAUGGGCCACGCAAGGUUGAUAGAAGUUUCUCUGAGCAAGGCUUUGGCAGUCUGACUGCUGACUUGGUGGCAGCCAUUUUGUCAUUUUUUGCUGAGCUGUGUUGGGAACCCAGCAUUAAGGAUUGGCUGGGCACAUCAGAAGGCAAUGUGUUCUGGCCGGCGCUUCUGACAUUGCUAUGCAACACUUCAGCACAGAGAACGCCAGUUGCAUGCAUCACUGUCUCUGAUCGACAAAAGGUAUUGAAUGCAGAGGAGAGAGCCCUGAUGGAGACCACCGCCAUCCAGUUUUUCACAGGUGUUAUCUCUUGUCAUUCAGUCAACCAACUCUUCUUUGCCAAAGUUCUCUGUGAUGUUAUCCGACAGCAGGGUGCAUCACGGUCAGGGACUUUACUCGGCACAGUACCAUUGUCUGGCUUCACGCGACGCAUGCUGCUGCAAGUCUUACUGGAGGAUGAGAAGAUACUGGUUGCUUUGCGGAUGUCCCCAGACCUGUACUGCCACCUCAACACCACCAGCCCUGGAAGCAAGGGCAGCAGUUGGCGCAUGCAUCACUCAAGCUUUGGUGCUGGCCGUGGCUGCUGCUCCCUCAUUGCCAACAUCAACAGCCACUGCUCAGAUGUCAUGGCUCAGUUUGGAGAUCCUACAACAGCAGCCAUGGUGGCUAGCAGUCUGCUGGAAGGUCGAGAUGACAGCAAGCAAGCAGAGGUUCUGGCUAAAGAGACCACAGAGCUUGGCAUUGAAGUGAUGGAAUACAUCAAUGCAGCAGGUGUGCUGGCAAAAGUGAAACGUGAGAAGAGUCCAUCUCCAUCUAAGACAGGUUUACCUCCCAGACCUCCCACUCGCCGUGGUCAUGCCUAUGAGGCCAACUCUGCCAGCCUGAAAUUCCCUCACUGUACGCUGCAUCUACAGCACAGCCUCAUGAAAGGUAAAGCAUUGCCAAGUGAUCUGACCUUCUCCCAGCUCACACAGAUCCUUCUUCAGCGAGGUCUUGCACCUGGUACAACAACGCUGUCCUUUGACAUCACUGUCAACACCCGAACCAUUGUACCUCCUUCCUCUUUACAAGCUGCACUGGCUGCUGCUGAGAUGGGAGCCUUUGGCAGUUUGCUUGAAUGGGGAGACAAAGCUGAGGACAUUCCAGAUGAGUUCUUGCUGGCUUCACCUGCUUUCCCAUCGGCCCUGCAGGUGUUUGCAUCCGUGGGUGGCCUGGCACUGCUUGCUGAGCACCUGCCUCUCCUAUACCCUCAUAUUGCCCGGCAGGGCAUGGCUGCAGAUGUUGGCGGCACUGAGAACAACAACCUUCCUGACUUGGGUCAGGAGUGGGUGACCGUUGAGUCAUCAGAUGAGCUUUUUGAUCCAUAUAUGGAGCCAGUCUCGCCAGCUCCUGCCUCAUCUCAGGCAGCUCGCCAUGUAGCAGGUGCCAUGCCUACCAUCCCCCCUCACUCUCUCAUUGCCUUUGGUCUCUUCCUUCGACUACCUGGUUAUGCAGAAGUAUUACUGAAAGAGCGAAAAAAAGCCCAGUGCCUGCUGCGUCUUGUCCUGGGAGUCACAGAUGAUGGAGAUGGGGGUCACAUCCUGACGUCACCCAUUGCCAGCUCUUUGCCCACACUUCCUUUCACUGUGCUGAAGUCACUGUUAGAUGCCUCACCACUUACAACAGACGAUGGGGUGCUGCUGCGGCGAAUGGUGCUGGACAUUGGUGUUCUGCACCUGGUGUUGGCCUGUCUUUCUGUACUGAGUCAUCAUAUGCCUCGCAUUCCUGUCUCUGGUUUUCAGCAGGAGACACAAGUGAUCUUGGCUGCAAUGCAAGCAGCUGCCACACAAAAUGGCUUGUCACAAAGCGAGGAGAAAACACAGCACUACUGGGCCAAGGGAACUGGCUUUGGGACCGGCUCCACCACCUCCAGCUGGGAUGCAGAGCAGGCCCUUCUACGUCAGCGCAGUGAGGAGGAGCAUGUGGCUGGCCUGCUGCAGGUACUUGGAAGCUACAUCAACCCGGGUGGUGUCAUCCCUAAAGACUUCUGUGAUCAAGAAGGACUGGCUGAAAAGAUCACGGUCUCUGCUUCCAACUCAGACUAUGCGGCGCCAUCCAGAGAGUGGCCACUGCCAGAAGUGCUGUUUGAGCUGCUGAGCCACUCGUGUUUGAUUCCUGCCAUCUCCUCCUACUUACGCAAUGAUUCUGUCUUGGACAUGGCCCGCCAUGUACCACUCUAUCGAGCACUGCUACACCUGCUCAGGGGCAUGGCCGUCUGUCCUUCACUGGUGCCCUUGCUUCUGCCAAUGCCUCUGCCUCAGUCUCAGUUUCCAGCAGAAGAUGGAGGUGUGCCAUUGGACUCCACUCCUGUUUCCAUUGAAAAGCUGCUAGCCAAAAUGAAAGGAUGUGUUGACACCUAUGCCAGCAGACUGAAGAGCAACAAAGGAAAAGUGAUCCUCAGCAGCAAAGGGGAAGAGGAAGAGAGUGAGGGUCUGGCUCUUCUUAUCCCUGACAUCCAGGAGACAGCCCGUAUUGUCAGUCUGGCUACACAACGUCUCAAGGAGGCAGGAGAACAUAAAGAAGGCAGCAACCAUGGGAUAAAACAGACUGGACCCUCGGCAGCCACCACAGAAGAGAGAUACUUAAGUAUCAUGGGACCCAUGCAGUUUGACACAUAUGAGCUGGUGACAGAAGAAGGACGAGGCUUGAAGUUCAACAUUCCACAUCACUUUGAAUCCAAUGUAAAGGCUUCUGGAGCCUUCAAUAAUCCAGCCCGUACCCGCCGUCUGGCACAGGAAGCAGUGACUUUGUCUACCUCGCUACCUUUGUCAUACAACAGUAGUGUCUUUGUCCGCUGUGAUGAAGAGCGCCUUGAUAUAAUGAAGGUACUAAUCACAGGCCCAUCAGACACUCCAUAUGCCAAUGGAGCCUUUGAGUUUGAUGUUUACUUCCCUCAAGACUACCCUAAUUCUCCCCCUUAUAUAAAUCUGGAAACAACAGGGAAUCACACCGUGCGCUUUAAUCCCAACCUGUACAAUGAUGGCAAGGUGUGCCUGAGUAUUCUCAACACAUGGCAUGGUCGACCAGAGGAGAAGUGGAAUGCGCAAACGUCUAGCUUUUUACAGGUUUUAGUGUCUAUUCAGUCAUUGAUUCUGGUGUCGGAGCCUUAUUUCAAUGAGCCUGGGUAUGAGCGUUCACGUGGCACCCCAUCAGGCACAGCCAGCUCUCAUGAAUAUGAUGCCAACAUUCGUCAAGCCACUGUUAAAUGGGCUAUGCUCGAACAGAUCCGAAAUCCAUCAGCCUGCUUUAAAGAGGUCAUCCACUAUCAUUUUUGGCUAAAAAGACAUGAGAUCCUACGGCAGUGUGAGGACUGGAUUGCGGAGAUGGAACAACACAGUUCUGACAAGCGCACAGGCCGGUCCAUUGCGCACAGUACUUUGGCACUCAAACGGCACUACAACCAGCUGCGAGAAGAGCUAUCAAAACUGAAACCACCUCCAGAGCUGGAGGCCGACUGUGAUGGGAUUGAUCCCAAUGGCAAGCAUUACUCUACAGAUGCUCCCCAGGUCAGUGCUGCCACAUCCAUCCCAUUGGCUGUUCCAAAGCCCACAAGUGCUCCAACUUCCAACCUUGCAGUCAAUUCCACUGGCCUGGGUCCAUACAUUGGGCCGAAUGGGUUAUUCGUCAGCGACCCCUUUGAACAGGAAGUGCCUGAUGUCUGACACAUUGACUACAAAUGGGGAAGGGGGUUUACUCUCUGCCCCACCAUCACCUAAGCUUUUAUGAUGAAUUCUCCACAGUUGACUAGGGCAAGCUUUCUUCUGAGAAUUUGCACAGCAUGUGAUGAAAAAGGUUUUUUUAUUCUUCUCUUGGAGGCAUUUUACUGCUUUAAUUCCAAGCUCAAGCCACCAUCACUGGACUGUCAUCACAAACUGUCAGCAAAAGUGCCUGGUUGCUUGUAAUGUGAGGUGGACACUACACCGGAGGCAAGCUUUUUUUUCAAGAUCAUCCAUGAAGGAUGUUUAGCUUUCAGCCUGACACUGUUCCAGUUAACGCAAAUGAUGGUGCUCCUUGUUGCCAGUUAAUGUCUAUUCAAAACACCUGCAGCAAACAAGGAUCACCAACAGAGAGGUUGUGAGAGUUGCUGGAGUGAAACAGCGUUGGGAAUCUGGGUAGUUUCUUUACAGUGAGAACAGAAUUUUGAACUGUCCGAUUAUAAACUACUGACAGUGCGAGAACUGUGUUUUGUUUGUUCGUUGAAGGCUGCUUUUUUUUAAUUGUCUGAAAAACUGCAUGUGUGUCUUUAUGUGUGUGUGUAUUAGGAAAUCUGCACUAUUGUGUGUUGUUGGGUAUUAGGAAGUUGGGACUGGCUUAGUUCCCAAUGUUUGGUGGCAGCAGACAGAAAAACUUGAGAGUGAUUCAUUUCCAUAACAUGGACUGGCAGUCCUUGCAUUAUGAGGUAUGCUUCUAAAUGUUAUUCAGUUGUGUAAACAGUUUAAAAGGAAACAAUGAGAGAAAACUGUGUUGUUCUUUGGUGUAGAAUAUCAUGUAAUGUUUUUUGUAAAGUUGUCUGAUGGAAAACUAUGGUUUAAAUGGUGCUGGUGGACUGGUGGAAGAUGCAAGGAAAAAUAGCCAACACAGGGAUCAGUGACAACUGCUUUGGUUUGUAUUCUACCUCCAGUGUCAGCUGUAUAUAUGAGUAACUUGGCAUAGGGACUAGGGAAGGGAAAAUAAGGUGUUGUUGUUGUUGUUUGGGUCUCCUUAAAAAGGGAAACUAUAUCUAGAGCUGAUGCGUUGAUCUUGAUAUGAAGUGGUUGAUGAAGGUGAGCAAUCAGAGAAUUACAGAAGUGGUUUGUCUGUAAAAGGGUAUUGUAGUCUGAGUCAUUUCAGAGAGGGUGUGGGGUAGAUAAAUGUGAAAACAGUAUAUGCAGGUCUUUGUUUACCAUUAACCAUAACCAGUAGGCUGCCAUCAUGUUAUACCAUAAGCAGCUAAAAGAAUCAGUUAUUGUGUUUUACUAGGAGUGAUCCAUGCGAAAGUGGAAUGCCAUGCUGUGAACAGAAAAAUCCAAUGUUAUUCUGUUAAGCUAGUCUGGUUCUAUGCACAGUUCCAGUUCCAUGGUGUGGGUUCAGGGGGGAAUUGGAGACAAGCAUAGGUUUGUUUUUGAAACUGAAAAGUUUCUGCAAAUUCAAAAUGUGUAGUGUGUUUUUUCUGAUUAUUAUGGCUUGUUUGAGACAGCAUCUGACUCAUAGCGCCUUCAAAUAAAAAGAUGCAGUGUUACAUGUGCUCUUUUCAUCCACAUACUCUGGGAACAAUCUUGAAUAUUUACAAAAGAACUUGUGUGCUAUGUGUGCAUGUCCACAAAAGUGUGUGCAUUCAGGUGUAUGUGAAGAGGAAGAGAUGAGAUUGUUCCUAGCUUCUUUGUUCUUGAAGUCUUGUGUCAGUUUUCACCUCGCUUCUUAUGUCAGUUUUAGCAUGCUGCAGUUUUAUACAAUAGAUUUGUUUCCCUGACCCCAAUCUCUUCUGGAUUUUGUACACAUCUCUGUGUAUUUUCUGAUGUGAUUAUUAUCAAAUCCACUCAUCCUACAGCCAAUUAAUAAUUGUUUGUGCAUUGGAUCCUGUGCUUGGUUAAGCAGGUUGAACCUGAAGGGUGCAUAUACAGAUGUUGAAGAUUUUGCCACUUGCUCUGAUCAUUGUAGUAGAAGGCAUUGCAUUUUCUCACUGGCCAGAAUUCAGGUAAAACAUUUGUAGAGAUAUCUCAAUGUGCACGAAGCUGUUUUUGUAUGUUUCAGACAUAGUGUGUUUAGAUGGAAUUGUGCAGUUGCUUCAUGACACCCAAGAGGAAACACAUAAACAUGGAAAUAUUUUAUUAUUGUUACUUCUCUGUCCCACUCAUUAUCAUUCCUUGUCAACCCCACAUGGUCAUUUUUUUAAAAGUGGGAGUUACUUUUUUUUUAAAUACUGACAAGAGUGAAAUCAAGAUGAGAAUGCUGCUUAAGUUAUGAAUAGUUUUUUUUUCGUCAAAUUUGGUUCCUCACAUGCAGUGGUCUUUCAGUCUCUUAGAGCAGGCAAAUGUUUGCUCACACUUGUAUGCAGAGAUAGAAUGGAGAAAACGAUUGGCUCGUGAACCCUGUAUUCAGUGACCCUUUUUUAUGUUUAGAAUGCAAUCAAGUUGUGAUACUUGUAUUUAGAUAAAUAUGACUAGCAUGAAACAUUGAAUGCCAAGGGGUGAUACUUGUAUUUUUACUUAUUGAUACAUUUCAAAUAUUGUGUUUCCUUUUCCAAAUAAAUCUGUUUUGUGCUGCUUUUGUUUUGUCUGUAAAUAUCAGUAAAAAAAAAAAUGUACAAAAUUGUAUAUUUAUCUGACUGAAUAAAGACUAUUGCCUCAUUGCAA